AUGAGCAAGCCUAGCACUCAUCUCGCAGCUAUCGUGCCAAAGGCACAUUCCAAACUCGUCAUCCAGGAACGCAAGACCCCAACGCCAGCAGAGGGCGAGAUCCUCAUUCAGAACCAUGCAAUUGCCCUGAACCCCCUCGACAAUAGGCGCGUGGACUGGGGUCUUUUCAUGGACUCGUACCCCGUCGUUCUCGGACAAGAUCUUACCGGAGUCGUGGUCGAAGUCGGUCCCGGCGUGUCCAACUUUAAGCCCGGCGACCGCGUCAUCGCUUUCACCCCGGCCGUGGUGACCGGCAACAACGACCACGCCGCCUUCCAGCAGUACACCAUCACCCCAGCCAUCAACACCUCCAAGAUCCCCGACUCUCUCGAGUUUGUCGACGCCGUCACUGUCGUCUGCGGCAUCAGCACCGCCAUCACCGCCUAUGACGACGUCCUGAAGGUCCGCAAGCCCGGCUCUGGCCCAGCCGCGACUGACAGCGCCGUUCUCGUCUGGGGAGGAGCCUCGUCCGUCGGCAAGUACGCCAUCGAGCUCGCCCGCCUGUCCGGCCUCCCUGUCAUCACCACCGCGAGCCCGCGCCACCACGACAGCCUGCGCGCCCUGGGUGCCUCGGCCGUCUUCGACUACAGUUCGCCUACCGCGGUCACCGACCUGAUCGCCGCGGCCGAGAAGCUUGGCAAGCCACUCGACCUCGCCAUCGACGCCAUCUCGAUGCCCGACACUCUCCCUCAGGUCGUCGAGGUGCUGAGCAAGACCCCCGGCAGCGGCGCCAAGAUCAUCGCCCACACGCUUCCCUGGCCCGACAGCGUGCCGCAGCCGCCGCGGGGCAUGGAGCACCACCACAUCACCGCCAAGGUCCUGUGGGAAUACCGCAGUGAGCUGGCGGCGUGGCUCAACGGCGGGACGCUGACCGCCUGGCUGGAGGAGGGGAAGGUAAAGCCACUCAAGGUGAGGCUCUUCGAGGGCGGGUUGCAGAAUGCGCAAAAGGCGAUGGACUCGCUGGCCGAGGGGGUGAGCUCGGAGAAGGUUGUGCUCAAGCUUUUGUGA